UUGCGUUGGAUUUUUUUGCGUUUUCUUUUUGUUUCCAUAUAUUUCUGGUUGUAUAAUGCGAACAAAUCGUGUUCCACCCACGAAAAUGCAUCUGGAUCUAUUAAUAUCGAUACAUUAAACACCUAAUGGAGAUGAGAAAAAAGUAAAACAAAAGCAUUCGAUCUUUUCAGGCCUGGUUCUGUGGAAUUUAUGAACUGGAUUUCUGGGCAGUGGAGCGGACUGGCCAGGGCCAUGCGCUCCCUGUCGACUUUACGCGUAAAGCCCGGUGGUCCUGGUCAAGUCUGAAUGAAAAAUAUACCGAGUUUCGACUUAAAACUGAUCUAUUGAAACCGGGCCGGUGUGAUUGUGAGGUUCAGACAUCAGUGUGCAUGUGUAGAAGAGCGAGCGGCCUGUCAGGACCGUGAGACCUGACCGGAAUGGAUCCGUCUUUUUACAGCGGUACUGUCGCUUUAAAUCCUCGCGGCACCGCCUCCUUGGAGUUAGUCACGCCCACUCAGACAACGACACGAGCUAGGAUUGGACGAGCCGCGCUCGGGUCCGAGCGCUCCGGCGCUUUUCAUUGGCGCGCCGCCGCCUUUUCCCCUCACAGGUUCUCGCGGGGCUGCUUUGUGAAGAUGGCGGCCGAGCUGGUCGAGGCGAUGAACAUGGUGAAGAGUUUUCGAGUGUCUGACCUGCAGACACUGCUGGCCUCUAUGGGGCGCAGUAAAAGCGGUUUGAAGCAGGACUUGGUGGGACGAGCUUUGAGACUAGUGCAGACCGAAUACAGCCCGGAGCUGCUGAAGAACGUCCGGCAGCUUUACGAAACGCGCUUUCCCAAAGCGCCCGGGUGGUUGGCUGCUCGUCGGCCGGAGGGGAUACCGGCAGUGUCCUAUCCGACUAUCAACUCGUCUCCACGAAACACAGCACAGGGCACAGACUACCUCAACGGCAUGCCCAAGCUGGCUGCUCCACCAGCAGCCGAAGUUAAACUAGUGCCCUUGCCCUUUUACCACAACCUAGAAACCUUGCUGCCACCUACUGAGCUAAUUGCACAGAACAGUGAGAAACUACAGGACAGUCAGUGUGUGUUCGAACUAACACAGGGCCAAAUAGAACAGAUCCGAAACUCCAGUGAACUUCGCCCAGGAGUGAAAUCGGUCCAGGUGGGCCUUAGAAUCUGUUACACUGACUCCAUUGGUGUCCAGGAGGAUCAGUACCCUCCCAAUAUUGCUGUCAAAGUGAAUCAGUCCUACUGUCAUGUUCCCGGUUAUUAUCCUUCCAACAAACCAGGUGUGGAGCCUCGUCGUCCGUGUCGCCCGAUAAACAUCACGCCCUGGCUUCAUCUCUCGACAGCCACCAACAGAGUCACCAUCACAUGGGGCAACUUUGGAAAGCGCUAUUCCGUGGCCGUGUACCUGGUGAGGGUCUUCACGUCUGCAGAGCUGUUCAACCAACUCAAGCACUGCUCGGUGGAGAGCGCCGAGCGAUGUCGCGAACGCAUUCAAGACAAGCUGCGUUUCGAUCCAGAGAGUGAGAUCACCACUACAGGACUGCGAGUGUCUCUAAUCUGCCCACUGGUGAAGAUGCGUCUGGGAGUGCCGUGCCGGGCGCUCACAUGCGCUCACUUGCAGUGUUUCGAUGCCGUUUUCUUCUUGCAAAUGAACGAGAAGAAGCCUACAUGGACCUGCCCUGUGUGUGACAAACCUGCUCCCUUUGAGCUGCUCACCAUUGAUGGAUUGCUCUCUGAGAUCCUGAAGGAGACGGAGGAUGUGGAGGAGAUCGAGUAUUUGACUGACGGCUCGUGGAGGCCGAUCAGAGACGACAAAGAAAAGGACAGGGAGCGAGAAAAUAACCACACUCCAGAUUAUCCAGUUGUGGAUAUAUGUGUUCCUGAGACGAACGGCCACUCCCCAGCACACAGCAGUACGAGCCAGACGGGAAGGUCGGCAUCUAGCGGCCCAGCGGCGGGCACAGGUGCUGCGAGCGGAUCUUCAAGCGGAGGAGCAGUGGUAGACCUUACGCUGGACGACUCAUCAGACGAGGAAGAGGGUGGUGGGGGGGGUGGAGACAGCGAGGACACAGAGGACAGCCAGGACAGCCCAGCGCCCAAGCGGGGCCGAUACGAUUACGACAAAGAUCUUGUCACUGCAUACUGAAACGGGCUGCAGAUACGGACAGAGGGACAGGGGACGCGGGUUCGAGCCCUGGAAAAAUCCCCUUAACUCUCAUGUUGUUGUUUUGUUUUUUUUUUCGUUUUUUUUUCGCCCCCUACUCCCCCUCUUAUUUUCCUCUCCUAAAACACGUUUCCCCUCUCCCACCCAAAAAAAUACUCAUACAGACGUACAAACACGUGCACAAACUGUUGACCUCUGGAGCAGGUGGGCAUCCUCAUGACACCACUGGAAAACCCAUAGAUGCCCACUAAAGCCAUCGUGUCUUCUCCACCACGACAUCUUGAUACUGUUUUUCUCCCUUUAAAUAACUGCGGAGUUAUAAAACCACCCUCGAUUCUUUCUCUUCCACCAUCUUCCCACUACAGUCGCUUAUAGGCAUUUUAGCUUUCACCGUAGACACCAGGUCUUGUGAGGAGAUGCUUGAGAAAGAUUCCUCGUCAGCAAUACGACGUCAGAACCGAACGCAGAGACAAAACUGCGAGUUUGAUUAAAAAAAAAAAAUUUCUUAUAUAGGGAUUAUAAUCCUUACUCGAUUGGGUUUAUGUACAAUGUUGGGCAGCCAGAAUAAGUCAGCGCCGUCUCUGUAACUCUGCACGGUUUGGUCAGAUUUGGAAGGUAACAUUUUGUGAUUUUUCAUUUUAUUUAUUUGCCCCACCCCCUAUAUUUUUGUUUUUGUUUUUUCCCAUGGAAAUUGACAACCUACCUCAGUCUAAAGGCAAACCUGACCACAACUUGAAAGGUUAGACAACAUGACUUGAUUAUUGUGGUUUUUUUUUUUUUUUUUUUUAAAUACUCAGUAACACUGGAAAGAAAAAGUUGUUGUUUGCUAUGUCAUGCCCUUUCGAUAUCUCACUAAAAACAGCCCUGGACUUUUCUCACAAGUGAUGGAUUUCCAAUCAGCCGAAAUAAGGAAUUCUCUCUCUCUCUCUCUCUCUCUCUCUCUCUCUCUCUCUCUCUCUCUCUCUCUCUCUCUCUCUCUCUCUCUCUCUCUCUCUCUCUCUCUCUCUCUCUCUCUCUCUCUCUCUCUCUCUCUCUCUCGUCUCAGACACUCGGAAUCGUGAGAACUUUUGAAACUGAUGUUCCAGCAGGUAAAUAUUGUACAGUAGGAGCUAACGAGUGCUUAUCCGAACUCGGUCGCAAGUCUGCGGCUUCUAAAAUUCUGUGAAGUACACGGACCAGCAUUCGUUAGAACUCGGGGAAGGCAGGAGAUGGAGCUGAGAAGAAGCCCAGGCAAUGCCUAGACAACGUUUAAAUGACUUGUAAAAGUAAUUUCUCUGAAUGCAUGAACUCAGACGGGGAUAAAAACAUUGAACCCAAUAAUAGGCUUCAUGUUUGUUUGUUUGGUUUUUUUUUUUUU